UGGAGUUUUUUUAAAUCGUCUCUUCCAGACAUCUAAAAAAAUAUCAAGAUUUAAACAAAAUUUACACAUCGUCUGGCUUCGAGUUGUUUCUGGGGUUUGAUGUCAUUGUUAUGAAGCUGUUGAACUCAGAGAGGUUCAAGUGCGGUUAGAGAAAUGGACUCUGCUAAGGUGAAGGCUAGGGUUUUUGGCGAUAGUUUUGUUUCUUUUACUGGUAAUGAUGGCUCGAAGAAAUUAGAAGCGAUUGAUCAGGCCAAAGCUUUCCUUAUGGACCUUGAUUCGGUUGCUACAGACAGGGGAAGUGAUAGUUGUGGAUAUUGCGAUUUAGGUUCUCGAGUGUCUGACAGUGAAAGGGAACCUAGUUUAUGUGAGAUGAAAAGAGAGAAUAGAGACUCUGACGCCAAAUUUUAUAAGCUCAGCUUGGGAGCUGAUGAGAAGAACACAGGAACGGCUUCGAAGGAGGAAACGCGAGUUCCGGACUACAAAUCUUUCUUGUCUGAGUUCGAUGAUUAUGUUGCAAGCGAGAAAAUGGGUUCUAAAGUUUCUAGGGCGUUGAGAAAUGGGUUUGAAGUGGGAGAUAUGGUAUGGGGAAAGGUAGAGUCACAUCCUUGGUGGCCAGGUCAAAUAUUCAAUGAAGCUUUUGCGUCUCCCUCUGUUCGUCGUAUGAAGAAGAUGGGUUACGUUCUGGUUGCUUUUUUUGGAGAUAGUAGUUAUGGCUGGUUUGAUCCUUCUGAGCUUAUUCCCUUCGAACCUCAUGUCUCAGAGAAAUCAAAGCAAACGGAUUCGAGUCACUUUGCAAAAGCUAUGGAGGAAGCUAUGGAUGAAGUUGGUCGAAGGUCAGCUCUUGGGUUGACUUGUAAAUGUCGGAAUCCUUCUAACUUUGGGCCUACUAGUUUUAAAGGUUACUUUGCUGUUCAUGUGCCUGAUUACGAAGUCCGAGCUAUUUACUCUUCUAAGCAGAUUCAGAAAGCUAGAGAUAGUUUUUCAUCUGUUCAAACUCUAGCUUUCGUAAAGCGCUGUGCAUUAGCACCUCAAAAGUGUGAUUCAGACAGCAUAAAGUCUUUCCAGAAGAGAGUCGCAGUUUAUGCUUUCCGCAAGGCAGUGUUUGAGGAGUUUGAUGAAACAUAUGAGCAGGCCUUCAGGGCAAGAUCUUCAGUAAAGACAAAUGAACCACUUAAUAGAGCACCCCCUCGAGCCCCAUUGAGUGGCUCACUGGUCCGUGCAGAAACUCUGAACAAGUCGAAGAGCUCAACAAAAGCUAUGAAAGUAAAGGAUUCUACUAAACAAGAAAAAUAUCAUCCUAAAAGAAGAGAGGAAGCUGGUUAUAUGACAGUUCAAUUUGGUCGGGUCCAAACAUCUUUUCAUCUUCAGGGCAUCAACGGAUCUUCAGUCAGGAAUCAUGUACUGCAGAAAAGGACUCAACAUCUCCAAACUCCGAGGAAACAUGAGCAGACCGGGAUUGUCAGCAUGAACUUCACCUCUUCAAGUGGUGAUAUUCCUAGAAAGAAAUCCUCUGUUUCAACGCUCUCGCGUGAUGAUGACAAGGGUUUAGCUCAAGAAUCAGAGGUGAGAAUGGGAGAAGAAACUGCUCUAUGUCCUGACCAUGAGAAAUUUGAAGCAAUGACCAGUCUUAACCAAGUUGAGACUGGCAUGAAUUCGAGAUUCAAGGAAGGCUCUCUCCAGCCCUUUAUUGAGAGAAAAUGUUCUGCAGAAGUUGGGAAUAAGGAAGGCAAUGUCCUGAAACGGUCUUCUGGCGAAAUGAAUUCUGAGAAUGGUCCUCCAGAGCCGAUGAAGAAGAAGAAGAAGAAUUCGAAGAAAGAGUCUGGGUCAGAGCUGAACCAUUAUAGUCCAAAUAAGAGGAAAGCUUUAUCUUCUGGUGAAGCUUGGGCCAAGAAAUCAUCACAACUGAAUUCAGCAAAGAGAAACUCUAAACUUGAUGGUCUACAGCUGUUGAGUUAUUUGCAAGCUCUCUCGCUUGACCCUUCCUUUGGAUCCUCGGAUAGAAGUUCUAUUAGAGCUGUAAGACAGUUCUUUUUGCGUUUCCGAUUGCUUGUUUACCAGAAAAGCUUGGCCGUUUUUUCUCCUUUCACGACACAACCAUCAAAUUGUGCUAAGACUUUGAGCAGAACCAAUGAACCAUUAAAGGCCAGGAAAAAACGCUUGCCUUCUGCCCAUCAACAAGAUGUCCCAACUAAGAAGCUAAAGAAAACCAAUCAGUUCAAAGCUAUGGCUUUUGACAAGAAAUCCAACCAAGAAGCAACGAAGAGACCAAGUCUUGGAUCUUUUAAUAUAGUAAGAGACCGAGUUGGUCCAGCCCCCAUCAGUGCCAAACCGGCUAUAGCUCAACUAGAAAAGAAUAUGGCUCCAUCUGCAAAGGUACUUGAGCCAACAAUGCUGGUCAUGAUGUUUCCUCCUGGUACAUCUCUCCCUUCCACCGCUCUGCUUAAGGCGAGGUUUGGACGCUUUGGACAGUUAGAUCAAUCAGCCAUCAGAGUUUCCUGGAAAUCCUCAAUCUGCCGUGUUGUCUUCCUGUCUAAACUCGAUGCGCAGACUGCUUUAAGAUAUGCAUCAGGAAGCAACUCUAUAUUUGGCAACGUGAAUGUGACGUACUUUCUCCGCGACAUGAAUGCUCUCUCUGCAUCCGGAGAUCAUGAACUGAAGAACGCCAAGAUAGACGAACCAAUCAGUGAACAACCAUUGAACGAGCGGCUAGAGCAAGCACCGCCGGUUAACCAACCAAACAUCCAGCUCAAGUCCUGUUUGAGAAAACCAGGAAAUAAUGUUAAUGGUAAGCACGGUACAGCACGAGUGAAAUUCACGUUGGGUGGGCAAGAAACAGAGACAAAGUUUUUGGUUUCCGGUAGAAACAAUGGAAAUGACACUUCAUCAUCAUCAUCAUCAUCUGUUGCCAUGGGAUAUGUUAGUAAGAACACUCAAAACAUGGUUCCGUCAACAUUGGUUCCAGUACUUCCUCUUUCUCCACAGUUGUCAAAACCGAAGCCUGUUGAUAAUGAAGACCACGUCGAGCCACCCCUAAACCCAUCGCAGCAUACGGUGGACAUCUCCCAGCAGAUGAUAAAGCUGUUAACAAGGUGUAACGAUGUUGUGGCUAACGCCACGGGUUUGUUGGGUUACGUCCCUUAUCAUUCCUUAUGAAAGAUUACGUUAAAAAGUCUGUAGAGAGAGAUGUAGGUGAAGUUUCGUGUGCUUACAAUAUUAGUAGGGCAUGUUUAAUACUAUUUUAUACUAGUAAGUAGUAUGGUUACUUUUGCUGUU